AAUUUAACUACAGUUUUGCUUCUUUUUCUUUUCAAAUAUCCCAUGUCUAUGAUCACUCAAAGUGUAAUUCGAUGUAUGCAUAAUUGUGUAAGAUCUAGUCUGCAACCACCAAUUUUCUCCAAUCUCAGUACAGAGCUACCAACCAAUAGUUCCAUCAUCUUGCUGUGUAAGCAACAGCAUUACAAGGAAGCUCUUGAAGCAUUUGAUUUCCAUCUAAAGAAUCCGAAGACCCAUUUGGAACCAAGCGCCUUUACGAGUCUAGUUUUGGCUUGCACCAACUUUAGAUCUCUUGAAUAUGCCAACAAAAUCCAUGAUCACAUUUUGAAAUCCAGCUACCAACCAAACAUAAUCCUCCAAAAUCAUAUGAUUAAUAUGUAUGGAAAAUGUGGUUCCAUGAAAGAUGCUAGAAAAGUUUUCGACACAAUGCAGCUGCGAAAUGUGGUCUCUUGGACUUCAAUGAUCUCAGGAUACUCACAGAACGGUCAAGAAAAUGAUGCCAUCGUCUUGUAUAUUCAAAUGAUGCGAUCGGGUCAGUUUCCGGACCAGUUAACCUUUGGAAGCAUAAUUAAGGCUUGCUACAUUGCAGGGGAUAUUGAUUUAGGCAGGCAACUGCAUGCUCAUGUGGUUAAAUCAUGGUUUGGUCGUCACUUGAUUUCCCAAAAUGCUCUUAUUUCAAUGUACACAAGUUUUGGACAAAUUGCACAUGCCUCAAAUGUAUUUACAAUGAUCUCUACAAAGGAUUUGAUUUCUUGGGGUUCGAUGAUUACGGGAUAUACUCAACUCGGUUAUAGGAUAGAAGCAUUGUAUCUUUUCAGAGAUAUGCUAAGGCAAGGUGUUUAUCAGCCAAAUGAGUUUAUAUUUGGCAGUGUUUUCAGUGCUUGUAGCAGCCUUCUUGAACUAGAGUAUGGAAAGCAAGUACAUGGAAUGUGUGCUAAAUUUGGUUUAGGAAGAAACUUUUUUGCAGGAUGCUCCCUAUCCGACAUGUAUGCGAAAUUCGGAUUCUUACCUUCAGCAAAGACAGCAUUCUAUCAGAUUGAAAGCCCUGAUUUAGUGUCGUGGAAUGCGAUUAUUGCAGCAUUUGCUGACAGUGGUGAUGCUACUGAAGCCAUCUAUUUUUUCAGUCAGAUGAUCCAUAGGGGAUUGAUCCCAGACAGCAUUACUUUUAUUUCCUUACUUAGUGCGUGUGGGAGCCCUAUGACACUCAACCAAGGCAUGCAAAUUCAUUCUUAUGUUGUCAAAAUAGGUUUUGAUAAGGAAGUAACUGUAUGCAACUCUUUGCUAACCAUGUACGCGAAGUGCUCGAGUAUACGUGAUGCAUUGAAUGUUUUCAGAGAUAUAAGCAACAAUGCUAACUUAGUUUCUUGGAAUGCAAUUCUUUCUGCAUACUUGCAGCACAAGCAAGAAGGAGAGACUUUCAGAUUAUUUAAACUAAUGCUUUUUUCUGAAAAUAAGCCUGACCAUAUCACCAUAACUAACUUAUUAGGAACUUGUGCUGAAUUGACAUCUAUGGGAGUUGGGAAUCAAGUCCAUUGUUUUAGUAUUAAAACGGGGCUGGUGCUUGAUAUUUCUGUGCGCAAUGGAUUGAUUGACAUGUAUGCAAAAUGUGGAUCACUUACACUUGCCCAGUAUGUUUUCGAUUCUACCCAGAACCCAGACAUUGUCACAUGGAGUAGUUUAAUUGUUGGUUAUGCUCAGUUUGGACUUGGACAUGAAGCUCUUAAUCUCUUUAAAAUGAUGACGAAUCUUGGUGUUCGGCCUAACGAGGUCACGUAUCUUGGGGUUCUUACCGCUUGCAGUCACAUUGGAUUGGUGGAGGAAGGUUUGCACUUAUAUAAAUCCAUGGAAGUGGAACAAGGGAUUCCACCAACAAGAGAGCAUUUCUCAUGCAUGGUUGAUUUGCUUGCUCGCGCCGGAUGCUUGCAUGAAGCAGAAACUUUUAUUCAGAAAACAAGAUUUGACCCAGACAUUACUACAUGGAAAACUCUACUUGCUGCUUGUAAAACUCAUAAUAAUGUUGACAUUGCAGAGCGAGCUGCGGAAAAUAUACUAAAACUUGAUCCUUCCAACUCUGCUGCAAUGGUGAUGCUUUCAAACAUACAUGCUUCUUCUGGCAAUUGGGAAGAUGUUGCCAAACUAAGGAACUUAAUGAAACAAAUGGGUGUACAAAAGGUUCCUGGUCAAAGCUGGAUAGAAGUUAAGGAUAAGAUCCAUGUAUUCUUCUCAGAAGAUAGUUCACAUCCACAAAGCAGCAACAUCUACACAAUGCUUGAAGAGUUGUGGUUGCAGGUGCUGGAUGAUGGUUAUGAUCCUUGCCAGAGGCUGGACAUUAAAAUUUGGUAGGGAAGAAGUCGGACCUUGGCAGGGAAAAUUUGGUACAGUUGUUACAUUCAAAAUAUGUAUUUGACACAUGAGGCUUUUAACACAAUGAGAAAGAAAAAGUAUAUAAAUUAUGAACCCAAGUUAGUUUUGAUGCAGCACUACAAGAAAUUUUUUAUGACUGACCCCAAAGGUUAGUAACAUUGUGAAUACUAAAAGGUUGCAUUUACAAUUUUAUUUAUAAGCAAUAGUAAUUGUUACUCUU